GUACAGCCGCAGUUCUGUCAUCCUGACCAUGGAGCAAGGCAACAGGCUGAGAGAACAGUACGGCCUGGGACCCUACGAGCCCUCACACCCCUGGCCAAGGCCUCUGAUAUCAGCCUGGAUAACCUGGUGGAGGGGAAGAGGAGACGCAGGGGGAUCACAGGGGGGGCCAGCCCCCUCACCCCUGGCCCCUCUGGGAAGAGGAAGCUGAUCAGCUCUGAGGACAGGGACAGGACCCCGGCUAAGCGAGGCCGCAGAGGGGGAGCCAGAGCCGGCCAGCGGGUUGGUGUGUGUAACACCUCAGGCAGUGGCACCGACCUGCCCUGGGACCAUAGUGACCUGGCGGAGACUCACGGCCCGCUGCCCCAGAGUGCAUCUCUCUUCCUGGGCUUUGCCUUCAUGCUGACCGCAUCAUCAGAGAGCGACCGCCAGACCAACCAGACAAUCAGCGAUGGCGAGGAGGAGUAUGUGCAGACGGCCCCCUAUCACAAACGCUACACUGAGACCCAGCUGGAGGCCGGAGCGGGCUUCAUCCUCAACGACUUCAACGAGGAACAGUGCAAGGCGGCCUAUCAGAGCCUGCUGAUCACCGACCAGCAUAGCCGAACCAGGAAGUACCUGCUGUGUGUGGCCAGUGGCGUGCCGUGUGUGUCUCACAUCUGGGUGAGGGACUGUUGCAAGGAGGGCAAGCUGCUCAACUACAGGAACUACCUGCUGCCCGCAGGAGUGGGCCCUGACGAGCGCAUAGUGGAAUGGCAUCCGCGCUGCAGCCCGUUUAAGGCCCUGCGGGUCCUGUUGGUAUUUGAGGAGCCGGCGGAGCUGUGGUCUGAGCUGCUGAUGAUGAGUGGAGCUUCCUCUGUGAGACAGCAUCAAGCAGAAAAGGACAGCUCUGACAUUCCUGUGGGCAAGUUUGAUGUGGUGGUCACAGACCGCACCUGUCCUCCAUUGGUUCUGAAGAGUGUGACAUCACAGGACAUACCCAUAGUGUCGCCCGAGUGGCUAAUCCACAGUCUGAUCUGUGGGGAGCGCCUGGGUUACCAUAGCAACCCCCAAUAUCAUCAUGACUACACAUCCCCACCCUCAUCCUAAUCCAAGCCUCCCUUCGCACACAAAGGUUUAUUGUAGGUAGAAGAUGCCCUUAUCCUCAGAUCUGGGAUCAGUUUCCCAACUCGCAAUCAUAACCAUUAUGAGGGGUGAUAUGACCCUGUGUCAGUGCUUAGGAGCAACUUGUACCUACAUACACACCGUCAACCACGUUAAAUGUAUUGUCAGUUCUAUUGCAUGCUACUGUAUAUAGUUUUAACCUGUCUGUUUUUAUGGAAUAAUAAACUGACUUUCAUUUUAA